AUGACUUCGGUGCUGGAGAUUCUAAAGACAACAAUUCCUGCAGCCAUCAGUGCUACUCUGCAGUCGUCCUUCGAGUUUCUAAAAGCUGCGCUGCCGGGUUUCUUCUCUAUUGCCGAAAAUGAUACCGAGGAGACUCUUGCUUCUCCAUCUGACGACAUGGCUCCAAGAGUAACCCUAGUUGUUGUGGCGUCUGACCACAGAGAUCAUGAACAGCGUAAUAGCAAUGCAAAACUCCAACGUGCAAGCAUUGCCGAGACUGUGAAGGCAAAGGAUUUUGAAUCUCUGCAUGAGUUUGGAGGUAUCCAAAGGAUUGCAGAAGCUCUAGAUAGUGAUAUUAACACUGGAAUCCCAGCAGGAAACACAAUAACGAAAGCCCCUCUGAAAGCUUUCAUUCAAUUUCCAUUAAAAUCUUUCGACAGUGGGAUAGUUUUCCUCCUUUUGGUGUCUACCAUGCUGUCACUCGUUUCCAUGAUCAUGCAGAAAGGAAGCAAUGGUUGGCUUGAAGGGGGCAUUGUACUUCUCGCAAUGCUCAUACUGGUGAUUGCUCCUGCAUUGAGAAACUACUGGAAGCAGAAGCUGCCUGAAAAUGGGAGAACGGUUGUUGAGGUCAUCAGAGGGGCAUGCCAUCAGCAAAUCCUUCCCUCAAACGUUUUGGUUGGUGAUGUAGUAUGCUUGGAGAGGGGGCAUCUGCUUCCUGCUGAUGGUUUGCUAAUAUCAGGGCAACUGUUGGUGUUGAAUGAUGGUUCUGAGUCCACAGUCAACGACCAAAAUCCCUUUCUGCUAUAUGGUUCCAUAGUUGUAAAUGGGAGUGGUUGCAUGCUUGUGACGUCUGUUGGUGAAAACACAGUAUGGAGAGAGACAAUUAGCAAUGUCGAUGAAUCUAAGAAGCAGCGUUUACAAGCUCAACUCGGAAAAGUGAUCACUUGCUUAGAAGUCGUGGGACUUGUGAUUUCCAUUCUUAUCACUGGAAUCACGAUUCUAACUUUGAUCCUGAAAAAGGAUAUUCAAAAUCCUCAACUCCCUGACUCAAAGGGGAAACCCAAAAUGGUUGAGGAAAUAAUAGAUUCUAUUAAAAGAGUUUCGGUACAGUCCACUGGGAAAAUAGCUUCCCUCGCGAUUUAUCUGAUUGGGGCUGUGGAAGGAUUUCCCUUUUUUCUGGCCCUUGCAAUCAGUUUCUGGAAUAAGAAAGCACUGUGUGGCAGGGCGUAUGCUCAGCAACCAUCUGCCUGUGUCUCUAUGGGCUCAGUCACAACCAUUAUUACAGACAAAACUAGCUUGCCAACCUUGGAAAUGUUGGAAGUUGACACAUUCUGCAUCGCCGACGAAAUUAUCAGCCAAGAUACUGUAAUAGAUUCUCAUGUCCUAGAAGCUAUUUGUAAUGGUAUCAGCGUGCCAAUCGUGCAGAGUCCUUCUACCUCAAUGGACAGCUUUCUCCUUUCAUGGGCUACAUGGAACUUGGGUUUGAAAAUGGAGAAUUUGGAGCAGAUCAGCUGCGUUGGUGUCAUGAUGGUUGAAGGAAAGAAUCCCAAUGAAGAAGGAAAUGGGGUGUUGACAAGAAGGAAUGAAGGCGAUGGAGCUAUGAGCUUGCAAUGGAGAGGGCAUCCAACAACAAUACUAGCCAUGUGUUCGCGCUACUACGAUAGCAAAGGGGCAAUACAUGACAUGGAUGCACAGAAAAGAAAUAUGUUUCAGAAAAUAAUCGGGGACAUGCAGUCGAAGAAGCUCAAAACCAUUGCAUUUGGUUACCGUCAAGUCGAUGCCCCAGCAUUGGAAGGAAGCAAUUUAAUAUUGCUGGGAAUGAUGGGUAUGAAGGAUUUAUGUUUGCAAGACACCAAGGAUGCAAUGGAGGUUUAUAGAGAUGCAGGAGUUAACAUUAUACUAGUCUCACGAGAUGACAAUUUAUCAGGACUCAAAAAUGUUGCUCACCAAACUGGAUUGCUCACACCCAAUUCAGACGCAAUCGUAAUUCAUGCAGAGACAUUUCGUGCAUGGACAGAUGAAGAGAGAAUGGAGACGGUGGACAAAAUCGCUGUGAUGGGGAACGCAUCGCCUUCAGACAGGCUCCGUUUGGUCAAGUGUUUGAAAGAAAAAGAGGAAGUGGUAGCGGUCGUCGGGGCAACAAUUAAUGACGUUCCAUCACUAAAACAAGCUGAUUUAGGGAUUGCAAUGGGAAAAUGGAGCACCAAGAUGGCCAGAGAGAGUUCUGGCAUCUCUGCCUGGGAUGGCGAUUUCAUGUUCUUGACAACCCUCAUCGGUUAUGGAAGAUGUGCAUAUAAAAACAUUCAAAAGUACAUCCAACUUGAGGUUACUAUACUUGCUGCAUGGUUGUCAGUAUCCUUCGUCAUGGCUGCAUCCACAGAGAAUACAAUCACAACCGUUCAGUUCGUAUGGAUAAAUUUUAUCAUGACAGCUCUAGGUGGCUUGGCUCUUUUGACACAGCCAGAAUCAGAGAAACUAAUGCAAAACCCGCCAACAGGAAGAACCAAACGGCUUAUCACCAAUGCCAUGUGGAGAAAUAUUGUCACCCAGGUUUCGUAUCAAAUUGCCAUGCAGGUGACCUUUUGCUUCAAAGGACAAGCCCUGCUAGGCAUCAAUGGGAAAGUUAGUAAAAUCAUUGCUUUCCAUACUUAUGCUCUAUGCCAGGUUUUCAACAUCCUAAAUGCCAGAGAGCCAGAAAUGAAGAAUGUGUUCAAGGGUAUCCGUCAACAUGUAUACUUUUGGGUGGCUGUGUUCCUUGCUGUGGCAUUGCAGGAAGUAUUUAUGCUGAUCGCUCAUAUUUUUUCUCAUGAUGCUUGGUUAAACUGGAGGCAUCAAGGCUUUUGCUUUCUGAUUGGAGCACUUUGCUUGGCGGUGGAUUCAGGAACGAAGUGCAUAUCAGGUUUCACCAUGGAUAUAUUGACUGGAUGGCCAUUUAGUUUGCGCCCGAGAACCUGCACAAGCAUGUUAAGUUCUGGUAUCUCAGAAUCUGCUUCAGUCAUUGAGCUUCCAGAAAUCUUCCCGAACAACAAUAUUUCGAAGUUGGCUUCAAGUGUAGAAGAUCCACCCAGCAAUGAUAAUCUCUCAGAAUCGAUUGAUCGUAACCUUGAUCUUCCACCAGUCGACAGCGAUGCCACUGCACUUCCAACAUGA